GCACUUUUCCAUGACCACGUUUUGUCACGUUCACCUAAGUAUUGCAGUGUGCAGUAUCCUGUGUUCACUCUUUUUGUUCCUGUAGGAGAAAUGGAAGACAUGAAUAAUCAAUAUCCAUUCAAUUGGAAUUGGGGUAACUCACCUCACCACACACGACCAUUUUUCUGUGUUCCACCAUCCACUCAACCACCCAACCAACCACCAAACCAACCUUAUUUCACAACGAACCCAUGGAAUAUGAAUCCAUACAGUCAGUAUGGUUUUCCAUGGCCAGCCAUUUCAUAUGGACGAUACAUGGCGCCAGUACAAUACAUGCAGCAGCCUAGUUAUGUGGUCCCCCAGGCUCCUCUGUAUCCAGUGGAUUACAGGAGAGUCUUCAACCAACCUAAUCCAUUUCCUUCAGCCCAAGAUGUGAACUUCCCUUACCAUGUUGAGCAGUCUCGCCUGCCACGGCAGACCGCUUGUUCUGAGGUCCAAACAGAGCCAUAUGACGCUGUCAGCAAGACCUGUGAAACGCCUGCAGAGGAUAUGGGUUCAAACUAUGCAGUCACUUCCUCGACCCCUUCUGCCAUUCAGUAUCCUGGGAAGGAAGAGGUGCCCAGCGGUUCAGAUAGACCAGGUCUGGAAGCACCUUUGUCUAAAAAAGCACUCUUUACCAGCCAGGAACUGGGAGAUGAUGCCGUUCAGCAUUCAUCUCUCAAUGAAUCCUCUGCCGUGCUCUAUGACGCAAAAUCAAACCAGGUCUGUUUGGAGGAGUGUGUGUUAUCAGAUGUCCCCGACGGUUCCUCUGUUCAUGAUGUGUGCCUAACUGAGAGAGGAAGUGAAUCUCACCAACAGUCAGAAUCCCAGAAGCAGAAUAUCUCUACCGUGCAGAACCUACCAGGGGAAGAUGGCCACCAAAAUGAAGAUGCAGGGGACACUCCCUGUCCAGACUCUGGAGUACAUGAAGGUAGUGAAGGUAGUAGUCAUGUGAUCCAAAGUCUGGAGUCAAAAGAGACACACAGCCGACCAGAGAGUCCAGCUCUCAAGCAUGACUCUGAUUUGGGAAAAGAUUCAGACCCCAUUCCGGAGACUGAUUAUCUGGUAAGUCCAGAUGCUGAUGUGGAGGACUUGCCCUUUCGCAUCCUUCGCCUGCCCUGUACUAAACUGACUACUACUGGUCUGCUGGACAAGUCUGACCCACUUUGGUGCACAGAGAACACAAGUACACUUCUUCCUUCCCAGACCUGCCUCAUGAGGACUGGCAGCUACAGUUACUAUCCACACGCAGAGCAAGAGCGCCAGAGCGUCCUCAGUCCAUCUCUGGAUGAACUCUCCUCCAGAGACGAGCUGUUCUCCACUGAUGUGGAGGAUGAGGACUUUGUCUCUGAGCCUGUGUAUCUAAAAAGCAGCAGGCUGGGUGGUGCGUGCAGUGACUCUAUGCCCAGUGGAGGAGCGACGGAGAACACGCUGGGGGAGGGGAGAUGCACAGCUUGUCAGGAAACUUGUGCCACCUGUGGGCUGAGUCUGAGAAGGUCAAGUCCAGAGCCAGGACAUGGUGAAUAUCCUGAAACGGGUGAAGACCGCGCUGAGGUGUUGGAGGAAGCCGACUUGGACUAUGCCAACCCGGAUGACAGUGAAGAUGAGUGGAGUUCUUAUGAAGCGCAUGAGGUUCCCGUCAAGAACCUGCAACGCUCCAGCAGACACUCUGCGUCACUGAGUAAUCAGCCUCCCAAGUACAAACCUAAAAGGGCUCUUUGUGGGGAAGCUGGAGUAGGGGAUCAGGAUGAACAGGACCACGGCCACUUGAGAGGGCCAGAAUGCUGCGAGCGCAAAGCCACUGCCAAGACGGGCAAGAUUAAAGGAAGGGCAUCAUGGAGUGGCCCCCUUAGAUCCUACUCUGACAAACAGUGGGGUGAGGGCACUGUGACCCCCGACAAAGAGGGCUGGAGUAACAGUGUUGGGAAGCACAAAGCAAAGCCAUGGAAACCUGGCAACCGGAAUCCAGAACUGGCCACAAGAAGAGGGGCCUACUGCAAGACGUUUGAGCAACAGAGGCCCAGACGGAAUGAAUUUGAUGACUAUAAUGACGCAGAGUUUUCCAGUUACAAAAGGGGCAAAGGGUCCGCAAAGAAAAGGGGCACAAGAUACUGAAUCAUGUUGAUGCACUGCUUUAACAUUGUAAACUUUAAAAAUAUAUUAAUAUUCUUAUAAAACCCUAUGCACUAUGAAAUGCACCAAAAUGCAUUCUAAUAAGACACUACUGUAAAUGUAUUUGUAUUGUACUGCAAAAUGGACACGUUUCUUGGACUGUGUUUUCAGUGUUUGAGUUGUACUUGAAUGCUAUGCAUUCAUCUUAAUCCUUCCUGGGGAUUGCGGUCACUGGGUCGUGUUAUGGCAGAUGCCUAUAAAACCCUCUAAUAGGAGAGGCCUGAUCUGGGAGGUGUAGAUCAGAGCUCGCCUGGAGGGGGUUCUGGUCUUUCGCAUCGUCAAAGCACAAUGCCCACUGAAGCUACUCCCCAGGCUUGCUAAAGCAUUGAACACUGGAAAUGCAAUCAAAAGUUAUACCAAGAGAUGGGCGUCAGGGUUUUUUUUCCUCUCUGUCACUUUGGUCACUUUUUAUUGUGCAGAUUUAGUUUUAAAACCUGCAGUGUAAUAUUGACAUCUUGCUUGCAGUGUUAUUUUGUAAUUAAAGUCUUGCAUUGCAUAAA